AUGGCCUCGGCCGUGUUCGAGGGCACCUCGCUCGUGAACAUGUUCGUGCGCGGCUGCUGGGUGAACGGCGUCCGCCGCCUCAUCAUCAGCCGCCGCGGCGACGAGGAGGAGUUCUACGAGAUCCGCACCGAGUGGUCGGACCGCAACGUGCUCUACCUGCACCGCAGCUACUCCGACCUGGGCCGCCUCUUCAAGCGCCUCCUCGACUCCUUCCCCGAGGACCGCCCCGAGCUCUCCCGCUCCCCCUUGCUCCAAGGACUCAUUACAAUAAAAGAAGCCCAAGAUAUAGAAGCUAGACUUAAUGAAGUGGAAAAGCUUCUGAAGACCAUUAUAAACAUGCCAUGGAAGUAUUCAAGAUCUGAAGUGGUCCUCACAUUCUUUGAGAGAUCUCCUUUGGAUCAAGUUCUAAAGAAUGACAAUGUCCAUAAAAUUCAGCCAAGCUUUCAAAGUCCAGUUAAAAUAUCAGAAAUCAUGCGAUCGAAUGGAUUUUGUUUAGCAAACACUGAAACAAUAGUCAUUGACCACAGUAUACCCAAUGGCAAAGAAAAACACGUGGACGUGGAUUCAGCAGAACACUUGUUUGAAAGCGUUAGUGACUUUACCUCAGAGCUGGAAGACAGUGAUGAUCCAACAGCUUAUGUCACCAACUUGACAUACUACCACCUGGUCCCUUUUGAAACUGAUAUCCUGGACUGAGGUUUCCCAGUGACCUCCUCCUCUAGCAUCCAGCUGACCUCUUUGUCCAUAGGCUCUGCUGUCUCCAACACUGCAUCUCUGUGAACAAGGCUAUACAGGCUGACCAAGAACAGAGAAAUUGCAGCAAGGACGCCACAAAGGUGGCUUUGUGGUCCAGUGCUUCACUGUGUUUUAAGGAGACAUCAUGUAAAGGAGUAGCUGCUUCACUGCCAACAACAAACUCCCUUGAAAGCAAGACAGCAGUGGCCUCUGGGCUCAAGGAAGUCUCUACAAUGUCCAUGGCAACUGCUGCUCUGACACAGCCUUCAAACCACGUGCUGUGGUUUGCUGUCACUCCUGCUCCUUGACCUUGCAGUGCAAGCUGAAGCUUCCUCUUUUAGGACGCCACCAGAAGCUUCUCAGGAUGUAGCAACCACACUUUUUAUGCUGUGUAAGUGAGAAGAUGGAACAAAACAGCUGGAUUUCGUCAGUUCCCUCUGCAAUUUCUUAGCACAGGCCUGUCAGGUCACUUUUUCCCUAGCUACCAGAUGACUGGUGCCUUACACGAGAUGUCAGAAACACCAUUGAGUGCCUCCAGGAAAGAGAACACAUGAACUGACUGCUUUACUUCUUUUAGUCACGGGCUCUUGUAUAAUCACUGGAGAGAUGACUGCUUUUUCCUGAAAUAGUAAAGCAGAAAGUGGCUGGCAUUGCAAUGGACUGUUUGUAACGUUUGGUACCCAAAUGAUUUCGGAGUUCUGGAAAGCUGAUGGGAAAGCUGAACUGCCCUGCUAUGAAUGGUGCAAGCUGUGAUACCUGGAUAUGAAUUGUGUCACAUGGAUCAGAAAAUGGGAAUGGUCCUUACAGUUGUUUACAUCAGAGGGAAUUCCCUAUGUGUGUUUCUCCCCAGAGAAUGGGGAGGUAGCCGAUGAGAUUUAUGGUGUGUUUGGACUGAGAAGUGAUGAUAAGCUACAGUGUAUCUACAGUGGUAGGAAAAACACUCUCUCCCUUGCCGACCUGGUUCAAAGAGUGUGUCUAGCUUUCUGAGAAAUGCCUGUCAGGCUGGAUGCAGGCCCCAUGGUCAUGUAAUUCCAUUGAUUUCAGUGGAGUUAGGCCAACGGAAACAAGAGCAGGAUUGGACCCUGCAGUCUCUUUACUACUGAGUAGUGCAACGUUAACAUCUCUUCUGGGGGUCUCUCUUGCUGAGUGCUCUAAACUCCCAGCUCUAAUUGCAAGUGCUCAACACCAUGAUCUUUCAUUGAGCUUUUUGUGAUAUAAUUGCAAAAAAAAUGAAUUGGAAGGGAUUGAAAGAAGAAGGGACUUUGGACUUAUUUCUUUGUACCAGGUCUUUGCUYGGACUUGAAGAAGUUGGUACAGCUCCCUUCUUUCUGCAGAAUU